CCCGCGCCCGACGCCGCCGCGAGCUUCGGCCUGUCGCGCCUGGACGUCGACGACCACGACGACGACGCCGACCUGCUCCAGGACCCGCGCGAGUGGCUCGCCGUCACGGGCGCCUUCGAGCAGCCGCGCCUGCUGUACAACGCCGCCCAGCGGCAUUUUGAGAAAUCUGCCUCUGCCCCGUCGCUCUUCCCCAGUCCGGCCCACAAGACCGACCUCUUCCGCCAGCGCUACCACAUCGUGCACCAGCGCAUCCUGCGCAACGAGACCUUCCAGGCCCCGACCUUCAGCGCCGCCCGCUCAGCCGCCCUCAGCCGCACUGCCUCCGUCGCCACGUCGCAGCCAAACACCAUCACGCCCAUUGCCAAUCUGCUGGGACGCACGGGGAGCGCCCACCUGCUCCUGGGCAUGCUCGUCGUCUCGCCCACCGGAGCACUGUCCCUCUCAGACCUCACCGGCACAAUCGUACUAGACAUUCAGCACGCACGCCCGAUACCGGAGAACGGCGCAUACUUUGCCCCUGGCAUGAUCGUCCUCGUUGACGGCAGCUACGAAGAAGACCACGGCGCCGCCUCGUCCAAUCUGGGAGGCACAGGAGGCAUCGGCGGCACAAUAGGCGGCCGGUUCCUCGCCUUCUCUGUCGGCCACCCUCCAUGCGAGCGCCGAACAGCGACCCUGGGCGGGACUGACGAAAUCGACAAGAGCAGUCUGCAAGGCCCAGCCUUUGGCUGGACCGACUUCCUCGGCCUUGGUUCGCAACGCGCCACAGGAUCGCGCAUGAACCGCAUAGCAGCCAAUCUGCUCACCUCCACUGCUUCACACAACAUCGUCAUCGCCUCAGACCUGCAUCUUGAUACCCCGUCCACUCUCAGCGCCCUCCGCACUCUCCUCCGCACAUACUCCCCCUCCCAAGCCAACUCAAACCCAGUCUAUCCACUGGCUGUUGUCCUCAUCGGCAACUUCUCCUCCAAGGCCACGCUCGCCGCUGUGCCUGGCGCAGGGAGCAUAGAGUACAAAGAACACUUUGACGCCCUUGCAUCUGUGCUCUCAGAGUUCCAGUCUCUCAUCGCACACACGUCCCUCGUCUUUGUCCCCGGCGACAACGACGCCUGGCCCAGCGCCUUCUCCGCCGGCGCCGCAACACCAAUCCCUCGCAAACCAGUCCCGGCACUAUUCACAAACAGACUACGCCGCGCUGUGGCGGAAGCAAAUCGAGAAGUUUGGGGCGGGGGACGGGCCAAGGGGAAGGAAGGCGAAGUUCUGUGGACAUCCAACCCGUCGCGACUGUCGUGGUUCGGGGUCAAGGGCGAAAUGGCCAUUCUGCGCGAUGACCUCGCUGGCCGACUGCACCGGACUUCGAUACGCUUCCCUAAACCGCAGGCGGAAGAGGAGGACGAAAUGCCCUUUGCGCCCGAGCACGAUGUAAACGAGGCCAUGGACAUUGACCUCCCUGCGCCACAGACUGUACAACCCCAUCAAGAACCACCUAUCGAUGCGGAAACACAAACCGCAAGGGCGCUGACACGGACCAUUCUCUCACAAUCACAUCUGAGUCCCUUCCCACUGUCCGCAAGGCCGCUCCACUGGGACUUUGCCCACGCCCUCGGCUUAUAUCCGCUGCCUACUAGUCUCGUGCUCGCCGACAGCGAGGCCCCGGCCUUUGUAGUCAAGUACUGCGGCUGCACCGUCAUGAACCCCGGGCCCAUCGACGCAAGUCGAGGCAGCAAAGGCAGAGAAGGGCGGAGCCGAUGGGUCGAGUUCGAUAUCAGGACGAAUGCGGGCGUGAUUAGAAACGAGGGAUGAGAUGGAUUUGCAUAUACCAGUUACGAGUGAAUGAAUUGAGCGUUUGCGUAGCACUACCACAGUGCUGCCAGCCUGAUGGCCAA